AUGGGCAAGAAAAGGAACCAGAAAUCACAGUCGAAAUACACAAAAAGCAGCUUGAAUCAGGGUAAAAGCCAGCAGAUGCCAUCUGAUGAAAGCUCUGCAGGGGAAUUAACUCAUAUCAGGCUAACACCUGAGGCUUUUGCUUAUUCUAUUCCUGAAAAUAUUGAAGAAAUUCAAGAAGAUGUUAUAGUAUUUUAUAUAAGCAUUUUUAUUAUAUUUAUUAUUAAAAAUAAGUUUCUGUUGCAUUUAGCAUGCAUAAUUUAUAAUGAAAAAUUAUAAUUAUGUAUUUAAUUAUAUCACAUCUAUAAAUCAAAUUUACAACGAAUAUUUCAACGAUUUUCUCUUACGAAAAGAAAAGAGGCUUUCAUCGAAAUCUCCUCUAGAGCAAGUUCAGCAGUACAACUUAGCUGUAGACAAAAAUUUUAGAAAAAAACUAAGAGAUCAAAUAAAACAACUCAUAUUUGCGAAACUCUCAACAGAAUUGACUGAUUCAAUACUUGAUUGCGUUCAUAAUUUUAUAGACUCAUUGGACAGUCAAAUAGAAGAGCUUGAAGGAAAAAGCAAAGCCUUAAAAGUUGUAUGACGGUCCAUUAAAAUAUUAAAAUAAUCUAUAUUUUUUUAAUCAAUACAAAUUUUAGGUCUUUUAUAUAUUUUCUAUUUCUGAUAUAAAAUAAAAUAAUAGGAGUUAAUGCUAGGACUUAUAUUAGUGCAAAGGAAUACAUUUUUAAUAAAAUUAAGCCUAUUUAUUGUAAAUGGCAUAUGCCUUUACGAAGCUUUUCAUUCAUUACAAAAUGCUGCAGCCGAAAUAGGGAAAAUUGUGAGAUAUCUUUUUAUUGAUCCUUCACUAAAGUUUGAGGAAAUCAAUAAGCUGAUAUUUUAUGAGAAAAUUGUGAAAGAUCAGUCUGAUGUAAUUGAAUACGUAAAAAAUAAUCAUUCUCAGCAUUAUCUAGUUCCAGUCGUAACAAAAAUGGAAAAAGAUUUAAGAUAUAUGUGGAAAGACUUAGAAAAUCACUAUAAAUUGCCAAUAGAAUGUAAAGAAAUAACUAUGAUUUAUAACACAAGCGAUAAUUCAGAUAGUAGUAGCGAUAUCGAGGACAAAAUUGAGCCUCUACACAAUAUGCCAAUUGAUGAAUUAGUUAACUAUAUAAAUGGGGAAGGCAAGAAAAAUUCAAAAUUGCAUAAAAAGAAAAGAAAAAAUAAAAAUACCGAAAAUCAAAUUAUUCCAGAAGAUGAAAGUGCUGAUAAAGAAGUAGAAGAUUUUAUGAAGAAAUUAGAACAAAACUCCAUGUGGGAAACACGAAUAAAACCGAAAAUCACUGAUGAUUUCCUCAAUAAUUUAAGAAAUCAAAUCCGGGAGACGAAAUAUAUAUUUGCUUCACCCCCCCUUUAAAUUGGAACAAAAUAUCGGUAAAAUUUCCACUUUUUUGGUAAAUUAACCCCCCUUUAAAUUGGAACAAAAUUUUUAAUUUUAUAAUAAAAAAUUAUAUAUAAUUUUUAUCUAAAAAGUUUUGAUAUAAGUUAAAUGCUUCUUCUUAACUAAAAUUAAAAAUUUAGUUAUAUCUUGCUCUUUUUUAAAGAAAAAAGUAUAAAGAGCAUCUUAUUUAAAUAAAUUUAUUAUCCUUAAUUGGUAAAUUUUAAAAAAAAAUUAAUUUGUUUUUUUUGAUAAAAAUGAUAUUUUUUAUUUGGAUAGUUUUGAUAUAAAUUCAAUAGGAAUUCUUUAUAAAAUUUCAAAAUUUACUUAUUUCUUGCUUUAUUUUAAAGAAUAGAGUAUAAAUAGCAUCUUAUUUAAACAAAAUUAGCACUUUGAUCGAUAAAUUUUCCAAAAUUUUUUUUUUUUUAAUUUUUUUUAUCAAUAAAAAUAAUAAUUUUUGUGUAAAUAAUUUUGAUACCAAUUAAUAGUGGCGUAUUAACUAAUAUGAAAAUUUAGUUAUAUCUUGCUUUGUUUUAAAGAUAAAGAGUAAAUAGCGUUUUAUUAAACAAAUUUAUUAAUCUAAUUCGAUAAGUUUUUUGAAUUUUUUUUUUUUAAAAUUUUAUAUUUUUUAUAAAAAAUUUUAUAUUGAUAUUUUUUUUUAAAAAAAAAUUAAAAUUGGAACAAAAUUUUAGUUCCAAUUUAAAGGGGGGGGGAGUCAGAAUAA